AUGGGAGACGGAUUGCCGGAGCCGGCCCGAGCUGCCAAGCCUUCCCCUGCCGUGGCCGCCUGCUCCGAGGCAGAAGCGAUCGAGGUCCUGGAGAGCGCGGAGGAGGGCUUCCCCGGCGCUGCAGAGGACAACCCUAGAGCGGGAAGGAACCAAGGUUCAUCUUCUACUCCAACCAAUGGUCCACAACCACAGUUGCCAAGACAUCAGCCCUCUGCAGAGCAGCCUUUCUUGACCAGAACACAGGGCGACCCAAGCAAAGGGCAGAAGCAUGCCAGAAAGCACUGGAAAGCUCUCUUUGAUCAGCUGGAUCCUGAGAACAUGGGUUAUAUCAGCACAGAGAAAUUUCGGAACCUCCUCCAAAGACAUAGCUCUGAACUGGAUCCGCAUAAACUGGAAGUGCUUUUGGCCUUGGCAGACAACAAUUCGGAUGGGAAGAUUUGUUACCAAGACUUUGUCAACUUGAUGAGUAACAAGAGGUCCAAUAGCUUCCGCCAGGCCAUUUUGCAAGGGAACAGGAGGCUAUGCAGCAAGGCCCUCCUGGAGGAGACAGGACUCAGCCUUUCUCAGCGGCUGAUUCGACACGUGGCAUAUGAGACGUUACCCCGUGAGAUAGACCGGAAGUGGUACUACGACAGCUACACCUGCUGUCCUCCACCUUGGUUCAUGAUUGCCAUCACAAUUGUAGAGGUUGCCUUCUUUCUUUACAACGGUGUGGUCCUGGAUAGGUUUGUGCUGCAAGUAACUCAUCCCUUCUAUCUGAAGAAUUCAUUAUUAUACCAUCCUCAACUCCGUGCCCAGGCCUGGAGGUAUCUCACCUACAUCUUCAUGCAUGCAGGGAUAGAACACCUUGGACUCAAUGUAGUCCUUCAGCUUCUGGUUGGAGUUCCCCUUGAAAUGGUUCAUGGUGCAACAAGGAUUGGAUUUGUCUAUAUUGCUGGAGUGAUCGCAGGUUCCCUGGCAGUGUCCAUUGCUGAUAUGACUGCACCUGUUGUGGGUUCAUCUGGAGGGGUGUAUGCUCUUAUCUCUGCUCAUUUAGCCAAUAUAGUGAUGAACUGGUCUGGAAUGAAGUGUCAGUUCAAGCUGCUGCGCAUGGCCGUUGCCUUGAUCUGCAUGAGCUUUGAAUUUGGAAGAGCUGUAUGGCUGAGAUUCUACCCCUCUGCUUAUCCUCCAUGUCCUCAUCCCAGUUUCGUUGCCCAUCUAGGUGGGGUGGGUGUUGGAAUCACCCUUGGUGUGGUUAUUCUAAGGAACUAUGAGCAGAGACUUCAAGAUCAAUCAGUAUGGUGGAUCUUCGUUUCCAUGUAUAUGGUGUUUGUUCUCUUUGCCAUCUUCUGGAACAUUUUUGCCUAUAGCAUGUUGGAUCUAAAACUACCUCCACUUCCUUAA